AUGACAGUCUCCUCUGCAGCCCAGUCUCUCGAGGCAGCCACUCCAGGGCCCAACAAAGCCCAUGAUACGCCAUAUCACACGCUCAGCAAGUCCAUGCCCUUUGCGAACUUGGAUCAAUACAAGUACUGGCAUGCCGUGGGCCCGAUGCUGGGGAAGAUGCUUUCCAACGGUGACUACAGUAUUCACAAGCAAUUUGAAUAUCUGUGCAUGUUUGCCCAUGUCAUUGUUCCCAGACUGGGGCCCUUUCCAGGCGAAAAAGACAUAUACAAAUGUCUGCUUGGGGGAACUGGGUCCGUUGAACUCAGCCAAAAUGUCCAGAGACGUGGCCUUACAGCGCGUGUUGCAUUUGAACCCACAAGCUUCAUCGCCAGCACUGGAGCAGAUCCGUUUAAUAGGCUCACAGUGCACGCCACUCUGGCAGAGCUAAGGACACUUGGAUCUGCAAAUGUUGACAUGGAACUCCAUCAACAGCUCAUCAGUGAGCUGACCUUGACAGACCGAGAGGAGAGACUCAUGACUAUUGAACAGAUCUCCAACACUGCGUGGAAGACACAAGUACUCCUUGCUUUGGACUUGAGUACAACAGGCAUUACUGUCAAGGAGUAUCUUUAUCCUGGACUCAAGGCAUCCUUAACAGGACGAAGUGUGGCUGAUCUUUGCUUCUCUGCUAUCAGAAAAGUGGACAAGCAAGGGCUCUUUGAUGCUCCCUGUAGGGCUAUUGAGCAUCAUCUGCAAGAGCAGGGCCACAAAGACCUCUACUUUUUGUCCUGCGAUCUCAUUGAUCCAGCAAAGACCAGGUUCAAGGUAUACAUGAGCGAGCUAGACAUGAGACUAGCAAAGCUCGAGGAGCACUGGACAAUGGGUGGAGCUCUCAUUGGUGACGAGAUAACGCUUGGCCUGCAAAUGCUGCGUGAGCUGUGGGUGGACUUUGGCAUUAUUGAGGGCAUGCGGACGGAACCUGAGCGGCCAAUUCUUCCAGGAGAUCCCCAAACAAUCGUUCCAUACAUCAUGAACUACGAAAUAAACCCCGGCGAGCCAUUGCCGACGCCGAAGUUCUAUUUCCCCUUGGUUGGGAUUUCCGAGCUGAAGAUCGCCGAUGUCCUCACUACUUUCUUUGAACGCUACGACAUGCCCGAGCAGGCUGCAGUAUAUCGGGAGAAUCUGCAAACAUACUACACAAAUUUGGCUGUUGCAACUGACCACCAGGCGUGGCUAUCAUUCUCCUACACAAAGAAGAAGGGGCCAUACCUCACCAUGUACUAUCACUAG